CGCACUCUCAACUCACUCAUUCUCUCACUGCUCUGCUAUAUAUAUACCUCACUCCACCAUACUAUUCAUCGUCAGAACAACUAACUCUCUUAAAUUAAGUUUCAAUUUCACUUCUUCAUCUUCUUUAAAUAUAAGAUAACAAACCACCCAUCAAUGGCUACCGCCGUCUCGACUGUUGGAGCUGUCAACAGAGCUCUGUUGAAUUUGAAUGGCUCUAGUCCUGCAAGUUCUGUUCCAAACACAGCCUUCUUUGGCAAUGGUCUGAAAAAAGCAGACUCUAGAACCACAAGCCCAAAGGUUUCUUCAGGCAACUUCAAGGUUGUUGCAGAAAUAGAUGAGAAGAAGCAAACCGACAAGGACAGAUGGAAAGGCCUUGCAUACGAUAUCUCUGACGACCAACAGGACAUCACCAGAGGAAAGGGAAUGGUGGACUCUCUCUUUCAAGCUCCAAUGGGUGCAGGAACUCAUGACCCAAUCAUGAGCUCCUACGACUACAUCAGUGCCGGUCUUCGCCAAUACAAUUUGGAUAAUAACAUGGAUGGCUUCUACAUUGCUCCUGCUUUCAUGGACAAGCUGGUUGUUCACAUCACCAAGAACUUCCUCACCCUGCCUAAUAUCAAGGUUCCUCUUAUCUUGGGUAUUUGGGGAGGCAAAGGUCAGGGAAAAUCAUUCCAGUGUGAGCUUGUCUUUGCCAAAAUGGGAAUCAACCCCAUCAUGAUGAGUGCUGGAGAACUGGAAAGUGGGAAUGCAGGAGAGCCAGCGAAAUUGAUUAGGCAAAGGUAUCGCGAGGCAGCAGACAUCAUCAGGAAAGGAAAAAUGUGUGUCCUUUUCAUCAAUGAUCUCGAUGCAGGAGCUGGUAGACUUGGUGGAACCACCCAAUACACUGUCAACAACCAAAUGGUGAAUGCCACUCUUAUGAACAUUGCCGAUAACCCAACCAAUGUCCAGCUCCCUGGUAUGUACAACAAGGAAGAGAAUCCCCGUGUUCCCAUUGUAGUCACCGGAAAUGACUUCUCCACAUUGUAUGCCCCUCUCAUCCGUGAUGGUCGUAUGGAGAAAUUCUACUGGGCUCCUACAAGGGAAGAUCGCAUUGGUGUCUGCACAGGUAUCUUCAGGACCGACAAUGUUCCCAAGAAUGACAUUGUCAAGCUUGUUGACACCUUCCCUGGGCAAUCUAUUGACUUCUUCGGUGCCCUCAGGGCUAGAGUGUAUGAUGAUGAAGUGAGGAAGUGGAUUUCAAGCAUUGGGGUUGAAAGCAUUGGGAAAAGGCUUGUGAACUCAAAGGAGGCACCCCCAACUUUCGAGCAGCCAAAGAUGACUCUAGAGAAGCUUCUAGAGUACGGAAGCAUGCUUGUCCAAGAGCAAGAGAAUGUGAAGAGAGUUCAAUUGGCCGACAAGUACUUGAGUGAGGCAGCCCUUGGAGAUGCUAAUGAUGAUGCCAUAAACAAAGGAACUUUCUAUGGGAAAGCAGCCCAACAAAUCAACCUUCCCAUCCGUGAAGGCUGCACUGACCCAUCUGCAGUGAACUUCGAUCCAACCUCUAGGAGUGAUGAUGGAAGCUGCUUGUAUACAUUGUAGGCCUAAACUAGGAAUUUUCUUGAGUCAAAAAUGGCGCAACCAUGAAAAAUGAGUGGAAUCAAUGGUGUCAACAUAUUUUUUUCUUUUUGUGUCUUGUUUUAUGCAGUAUUGUAUACUUGUUUAGUCUGUUCCCUCCUGUAAUCGUCGAUUUUGAAGGCCUGCUUUGUAGUGUUUUGUGAAUGCGAUUCAAUUGUCCUCAAACGUUUGUUUAUAAUCGGCACUGGUUGUUCAUGGCAUUAGCUAUGAUGUUUAA